CUUUACAGGCCUCCGUCUUGCAGUCUAAUAAUUACGUAUUUUGCUAAAUUUUGAGGAUGGCAACCCUAACCAGCCGUGUAGGAGUUCCGGUGGCGGUGAGCAAGAGGCCUUUGGCGCCGGUGGCCUUGCUUGGUGGGCUGCCGGUCAGGAGCUCACAGGUGCUGGGUUCGCGGCUUUCGGCGGUGAAGCCAGUGGUGCCGUUCCGAGCUCGUGCACCUGUUGCCAUUAAGGCGCAAGCUGCGGAUGCGGCAAAGGAGCUCGAUCCCCUUGAGACGGCUGUCUCUAACGUCGUUGGUGUGAAGCUGGCUCCCACCGUUGUCACACUUACCUUCAUCGCCAUCUGGUAUGCGCUCAACAUCGGCUUCAACCUGCUCAACAAGACCAUUUUCAAAUACUUCCCCUACCCUUACACUGUGUCGACAAUUCACGUGGUUGUCGGCUUGGUCUACUGUGUGCUUGUUUAUGCCAUCGGCCUUAAGGGCUGGUCUUUCGGGCGGCCCGUCACCAAGCAGGAGUUCAAGAACAUUUUCGGGCCGGCUGCCAUGCACGCUGUCGGGCAUGUCGCAGCAAACAUCUCGUUCGCUGCCGUGGCGAUCUCGCUCACGCACACGGUGAAGACUCUGGAGCCAGCUUUUAACGUCGUCCUUUCGCAGCUUAUCCUUGGCGAGUCCACGCCUGUGCCUGUGCUCUUGUCCCUUGUCCCCAUCAUGUUCGGUGUGGCCUUGGCGUCUGCGGGUGAGCUAUCCUUCAACUGGACUGGCUUCCUCACAGCCAUGGCCUCCAACCUGACCUUCGGCUUCCGGGCCGUCUGGUCCAAGAAGGCUAUGACGAAGACCCUUGACGGCACGGCUGUUUACGCCUACACCACCCUGAUCUCCGUGCUUAUUUGUGUUCCGUGGGCGCUUAUCGCCGAGGGUGGCACACUUAUGGAGGGCUGCAAAGCCGCCAUUGCGAAGGUUGGCGCAACUCGCUUCUACACGGACUUGUUCAUGGUUGGCAUGCUGUACCACUUGUAUAACCAGUUUGCCUUCAACACGCUGGAGCGCGUCAGUCCCGUGUCGCACGGCGUGUGCAACGUUGUGAAGCGCGUGGCUAUUAUUGGAUCUUCCGUAGUCUUCUUCAACCAGGUCCUCACGACACAGGCCCUGGUGGGAACCGUCAUUGCUCUGGCCGGCACGUGGCUUUACACGGACAUGUCAUCCAAGCACAAGCCACACAAGAAGAGUCCACCGCCAGCCCCAUCUGGCGGCGCAGCACCCGCUGCCGCCUAAGUUGACGUUUUCGCGUGCCCUGGCGGCAGCGUUAUUCCCGCAAAUCGCGUGGCGUGAAUUUGCUCGGGUAAUUAUGCUACAGGCGUGGGAACUAAGGAUACAGAUGUUUGGCAGAGGUCCAGCCGGCAGCGACAUCAACGCUUCCUCACGCGGAGGCGGCGGCAUUUUCUAAUGCGCAGUACUGGACCUAUUCUCCGUUCUGCGUUUUCCGGCAGCGCCAUGUAGCCGAGGAUUGCUCGGGCGUCGCUGCCCGACUGGGCACUUCGUUUGCUUUCGUCUGCUCAUUCUUCUGACAAGGCGUUCUCAGGGGCCACCUGGGACUGGAUCUGCCUACACAUGCAUGUAUGAUUUCGGAGCUGUGUCGAAUGAAUUCUGGGCUUGGACGUUCAAUGCACUCUGGUAUCACUCUGCAUACAGAGCAGGCGCAUCGGUACGCAAGUGGCCUGGGCGGGUCGGGUGCCGCAGUGGAUACGCUGUUAGUGUUGGGUGGUUUUGUAGUGCUCUGGUUUCGGAAGUCCAUGCCCUGAACUAUGUAGGGCGUUCGGCAUACGAGUUCCCCUGUUUGCGUGUUGGUAUGAUGGUUCUUUGGACACUGCGCGGAAGAAGGAAAACCUGACGCACCACACGUGCCCUGACCGCCUCGUGGCAAGUAUGCAUAGCGGCAAUGAAGGAAGAAGAGCAGGAUUGCGCAGCAUAUGGUUGUAAGCGGAUAUGGCCUUUACGAUUGGCCGUGUCCACGGCACCAAGCGUUGUGAUUGCUGGGUCGCACGUAUAGAUAUCCUGGAUGGCUGGGAACCAUGAUUGAUACAGGCAAAUCCUACCUGCUCUGGGAAGAAUGCUGCAACUGAUCCUCAUUUCCACGAGUCGACGAUCAUCGCAGCACGUGCGACGUAAUCGUCAUGCUCGCCGGGACGCAGCCCGCGUGGCUGCGCAUCAGUGGGGUGUGUGCUGUAUAGGACAUCGGUCACCUAAGCGUCGCAGUGUUAAUUCUGUACCGCGCGCUGGCCUUAACACACGCGAACGUAGAUAUGAGACCUUGUCGCGACUGUCCACCUUCAUAGGGUUGUUAUUCAAGCCGGGCGACGUACAUCGCGUUCAUUGGUUGCGGUAGCUAUCUGCGCUUCAUUUUGUGCUGCGGACGAACCAAGUGGGUGGCAAGUUUGUGCUCAAACUAGGUGCAGGUGGUGUUAAGGUGUAGCUAGCUUUUGGUUUGCUUAAUGCGUAGUCGCUUGAUUUAAAUUGUACGGUUUAAGGGAGGUGCUAUUAGACCAAUAUGUCUUAUAAUUGUCGGGUAGAGUGUUAUGAGACGUCCAAAUAGCGUGAUAGGACCAUAACCAGCGUGAGAUGAUGGAAUAGCUAGAGGAAGAGCAGUUGCAUUGUAAAAUGAAUAUACGGGUUUCAGUACCU